AUGGCUAAAUUCAACUUCACUCACAGCAACAGCAUCCACACGUGCGACCGGCAGCAGAGACAGCACAAAAUGGCAGAGUCGGGAACUUGGCGUGACGCUUCAGACUGGCGGAGCCCUUCAUCUACUCCCAAGCCUCAGAAACCGAAAACCGAGCGAAACACCGCUUCAUGGAAUAGAGACCGCCCCUCUGGCGAGAGCGACUCUCACAAGCGGCAGCCAAUUGUGGCUUUAGCUGAGAGAAGUCGCCCCGAAGACCUAAGAGUCCACAGGCCAGCCCGACAGCGAGAUGGAGCUGAGGCUGGGAAAGCUAUCGAAGAGGGAAGACGUGUUUACCUGGGCAACCUGCUAUACAACACGACGCCCGACGGUGUCGAAGAGUUCCUCAAUGCGAAUGGUUUCAGUGCGUUUGAGAAUGUUCACAUCUCGGUCGACCCGUUCACAGGACGGAACCCUGGUUAUUGCUUUGUACAAUUUCCGGAUUCGGACACUGCAGAGAAAGCGAUUGCGACACUGGAUGGCAAACUGAUGGGCGAGAGAGCGGUCAGAUGCCGCCCGUGUCAGCCCAAAGGCGAUGUGCGUCAAGCUAGUCGCUGGCCACACGAGGAUCGAGCCAGCACUGCAUCCAAUCGUUGGGGUGACUGGAAUGCCUCAAAGCCAGGUGAAGAUCGGGCGGGUGCUCGUCUUCCAGGGAAGGGCGGCCCUAAUGAUGCACUAAAGCAUUUCCAGGUAUCGAAAGCGCAAGAAGAAGGGCGGCAGUUGUAUGUGGGAGGGUUGCCCAGGAUGCUUGACCAGGCCGAGAAUGAAGUUGAGAUGCGGUCUAUUUUCAAGGAUUUCGAGAUUGACGGCGUAAGUAAGAGGGUGAGCCCCCGCGAGGCGGGAGAUGGGCGACGCAACUUCUGUUUCGUGGAUUUCGCCACACCUGAACAGGCUCAAGCUGCCAUCGACGCCAUGAAAGGUGCCAACCUCGGGAUGAUAUCACCACAGGGCGACUGGUUUAGCACGGUCAACAAAAAUUUGGCGUGGAUUACAGACGGCCUACGAAACUGGGUAGUCGGACCUCAUGUCACGUUUGGCGGCGCUGAUCCCAGUCAGACUAAUGCGGGAGGCGCAGCGCUGACGAGCAGUUUCAUGACGGCUGAGGUGCAUGAUCACUACGGUCAUGACAAUGUCUGA